AUGACGCCUCGACAGGAGACGUGGCGGCAGGUUCGCGCCGCGGGCCGCCAGGCCCAACAGGAGCGUCUCAACAUCAUGGCCCGCGGCUUGCCCCACUCAGCCUUCCUGGGGAUUGCUCGCAAGAACGAGGCGCUUGACAAUGCCGCUUUGCAGAUCGAGCUCGAGAACGGAGCGCGGGAAGACGCAGCCAACACGGACGGGGAGAAGGAGGAGCGGAACCGUAAGGCUCGCGGGCGUCGUGCUGGGAAGAAGGAAGGGGAAGCCGAAGACCAGGUCGCAGCCAAGAAGGAGAGGAGGAUGAAGAUGACUGACAAGGAGAAUAUCGAGGAGACAGUUGACCGCAUCCCCGCUGACGGCGCUGUUGGCGGAGCUGUCCAACAGAAGUCCGUCACCACGUCGCAGCACGAUCCCAUGGCGGAGUUCAGCAAGGCUCAGCCCAAGCAGAAGGCCGUUGCUGUCGCUCCAUUAGCAAAGAAGAGCAUCUUGGGAGCCGAGAAGUCAGGAAACCGGAUCGAGCAGGCCAAUCUAGCUGGUAACGCGAAUGACGGGGCGGCUCAGAAGAAGCCCGUCAACACUGCCAGGCGCACAGCUGUGGGAAAGCGUACCAUCGACGAGGUUGCCUCCUUAUCUUCCUCCGAAGACGAGCAGGGGAACCGAACUCGCAAGAAGACGUCCGCCGCGGCGGGUAGGGGCAUCGCCAAGCCACCCGCAAAGAAAGCUAAGAAGCCUGUUGCAGCGGGAGAGGAGGAGGAAAAGGAGGAAUCCACGCCCAAGAAGAAGCCCGCCGCCGCGAAGAAGAACGUCUCCAAGCCAGUCGCAAAGAAGACCAAGAAGCUCGUUGCAGUCGAUUACGAAGACCCUUUACUUCAGAACUGCGGCGGCGAGAAGCAGUGGCCGCUCUUCCCAGGACGCGCCCAGCGCAAGCCAUCUAACACGAUUGGCAUCGCUCAGAUCCCACUCACGGAAAAGGACGACUUCAGCGCGGCCCUGAAGCAAGUCGUCGGCUUCUACUUCGAUCGCGGCGGCGAGAUCAUUGUCGACGAAGAAGGUGCCGUGGUUUUGCGGUUUCCGCUGGCUUCGACUGCACAGAUGGUCAAGGACGAGAUCGAUGGAAAGGAGGUGGCGGGUAAGAAGGUACAGGUGACUUAUGUUGUCGGAGCUUGGUGA